ACUCUACCGGGAAGGGACUAAAACUGCGCAGCCAAUCGGGGCGACACUUUCGUCUUACCGGGGGACUCGUGGGUAACUUGCACUUGGGAACCUGCACCAUGGCGUCUGGCUGCAAGAUUGGCCCGUCCAUCCUUAACAGCGAUUUGGCCAAUCUAGGGGCUGAAUGCCUCCGGAUGCUGGACUCUGGGGCCGAUUAUUUGCACCUGGACGUAAUGGACGGGCACCCUGCUCUUCAGGGAGGUCAGUUUUUUAGCUGUAUGAUACCUAGUAUACGCCUUGCUGUCUGCUUAUCUGACCCCACCUUCGAGUUCCGGGUAAACAUAACGAGCAUCUUAUCCGUGCGCCUGGCAGUCAUUGCUCUUCGGCAUUUUGUUCCCAACAUCACCUUUGGGCACCCUGUGGUAGAAAGCCUCCGAAAGCAGCUAGGCCAGGACCCUUUCUUUGAUAUGCACAUGAUGGUGUCCAGGCCGGAACAGUGGGUAAAACCGAUGGCUGUAGCAGGAGCCAACCAAUAUACCUUUCACCUUGAGGCUACUGAGAACCCUGGGGCCUUGAUUAAAGACAUUCGGGAGAAUGGGAUGAAGGUUGGCCUUGCCAUCAAACCAGGAACUACAGUUGAGUAUUUGGCGCCAUGGGCUAAUCAGAUAGAUAUGGCUUUGGUUAUGACAGUGGAACCUGGAUUUGGAGGGCAGAAAUUCAUGGAAGAUAUGAUGCCAAAGGUUCAUUGGUUGAGGACCCAGUUCCCGUCUUUGGACAUAGAGGUCGAUGGUGGAGUAGGUCCUGACACUAUCCAUAAAUGUGCAGAGGCAGGAGCUAACAUGAUUGUGUCUGGCAGUGCCAUCAUGAGGAGUGACGACCCCAGAUCUGUGAUCAACCUGUUAAGGAAUGUUUGCUCAGAAGCUGCUCAGAAACGUUCUCUUGACCGAUGAGACCGUGAGGAGUCCAGUGUUUAUGCUCAUGAAAUCUUUCUACUGGAAAACAAGCAUAUGGACUACCAAAUCAUACCACAGCUGAAGCAGGGCUGUUUUCUGAGCAGCUCUUCAUUCCAGUGACUAAAAUCUAUUCUGCAGAAUGUUCCAAGAGGUUAGAAAUUGGUGUGUAUGAGUACAUUUUUAGUAAUGGAAUUUAAAGAUUAGUGUGGUAAAAUACCAUUUUUACUGGGAGACUUGAUUUUUAUAAGAGUAAAAUUAUGGCUGUAUUAAUAGGGUUAUAAACAGAAAUGUGUCUUAAUGCCUAAUGAAGGCAUAAUAGCUACUAUGAAAAAAAGUUUUUUUUUUUCAUUUUAAACCUCUUGUUUCAUGGUUGUUUUCCAAAGCAAAGGCAGUCUUCUGUUUUUCCUGUCUCAUGUUAUUUUUGAUUUGUGCAAUGAGAGACAAAUGAGUAGACUGGAACUAAUGAAACAUCGAAGUUUAAUCUGGCUAGGGUGGCAUACUGUCUUCUUGCUUCUUAAACAUCUAUUUUUUACUUUGCACCUUAUAUUUGAUACAUAAAAACUGCAAAAACAGUGUAUGAAGCCUAAGGAUUUCAGGUGGUCUGUUCUAAAAUACAAGUAUAGAUUGUAUUGGGGUGUUUUCCUUGAUAGCUUUGCUGGAGGGCCGGUCACACCGUAAUUCCCCACGUGUCCCUUUUCUUCAUCCUGGCCCCAUUUGUAAGGACAUGAAAGAAUGUGCUAGCUCUGAGCAGAAAGGAAAGCGUCUGUUUGGAAGUGAUACUGAGUUGAAUCUGGACUCCUCUCCUUUCCAGCUGUUUGUCCAGCAGAUCAGAUCAGCCAGCCUCUUUGAGUAUCUGUUAACUGAUUUUUCCACUGACUGCAGUUACAGUUACGGUGCAGGGCUGUGUGGAGCACUGAGAGAGAUACUGAGCUAUAUGUAAAGCUUCCGCUACUAGUCCUAGAAUUACAGGAUAGUAGAAUGGAGGAUGCUCAGUACAAAGUAGCUAUCAUUAUAGAAGUUUAUGUUUUAUGGCCUGUCAAGUACUUUGAUAUAAUCUCAUUAAAACCACAAAUCAUUUUAUUCCCGUUUUAAAAAUGAAGAGAGAAAAGCUCAGCAACAGGCUGGUACCAUGAAGGAAUCCAGUAGGGCAGAGGAUUUCUGGUUUGUACUCUUACAAAUGGAGCCCUUGGGCGGUAGAUCAGGCAAAGGAAGCCUCAUUUAUUUAACAUUGUCUUAUUUCCAGUCUAAUUUUACUCGGUAGCAGAACCAGAUGGCUGAGGAUAUUCUGGACAUUAUGGAUUUUGACCCCAAGGAUAUAUAUUAUCCAGCAAAGACCAGGUAGGCCAAGAGAUGCUAAGGUACAGAGUUAAUCCAUAAAUAUUGAAAGUUGUGUCCCAAGUUAUACUUUGACAACAAAUAUAUAUCAGCCACUUGCAAAUACUCCUGCUAUAUAUGUAAUAUAUAUAUGGCAAGAAAUAACAGGACCAGUGUCACUAAACUACUGAGUUUUGAGAAAUAAUGUUAUUUUUCAAACUUUUUAACAUUUCUGCAUAGAAUAAUGCUUAUUUUUUUUUCUAUACUGCAAUGUAAAAAUUUUUUUGUUUUUGCGCUAGGAAAGAUUUGUGCCAUGAAUAGGUGCCAUUUAAUCAAAUCAGACAACACGAGGCAUAUAGAAAUAACUUUAAUUAAAAAACUUACAUAGAAGAUUAUAAUGUCAGACAUGACAGAAAGAUUUGAGCUUAUUUGCUUAGACAACUUAGGUUUGUCUGGCUUUUGUUUUCUUUAAAAAUAAAUGUACAGUAAAACUACAAGCAAAAAUAAUGUCAGUAUUGAAUUUGAAUUUUUUCCCUUCUUUAAAGGGACUAGUAGAAUUUCCAAUCCCUAACAGAAACUUGGCGUCAAUCCCCCAUACAAGGCCAGAAAGCCAGGAUUGUCAGUUAUAUGGGGACUGUAACUUGAAUAACCUUUUUUUUUUUUUUUUUACAUGAGAGAGAGCGAUUCAUAAAUUGUCAAUUGUCAACUUUUAUAUAGAAAAAAUUAUAUAAUAGCUUCAAGAGGAACUUUCCUUAAUGUAUAUUUAAUACUGAAUACUCCUAUAUUCAGUAUCGAAGCACUAUCCUUUAAAAAUUUUUCUCACUCUAGCAUACAAGUAAGAAUAGAUGCUUAUUUGAAUAGAGUAAGCUAUGGUAAGGAAUGACCAAAUUAACUAGAAAUACAACAUUUUUUACUCUCCUGUUUGUUGCUCAUUUUAACUUGGGGUCUUCUCUUUAUGUGAUACAUAAGAUAGAUAAAACUCAAGUUUUAGUUUUAAAAUUAGACAAAUAUUUAACUCUGCUUUGCUUGUCUUAAUCUGUUAGGAGUGACUAGAAGAUGACUUGUAUUUAGUCCAACAGAUAACAGUGAUUUCAAAUAAAGGCAUAUUGUGUUGUCUGGAAUAAACAAUAUAUAACUUCUAUUGGUUAAA